UCCAAACAAAGCCGUGAGCGCGUGAGCGCGUGAGCGACGGAAUUGAAGUGGAACCGCUGGACUGAGCGGCAGCAGGUCCGGUUCAGCACCGCUCUCCUGGGGGAUGCUGUUAAACCUGAACAUGGUUCAGAGCAGAAGGAAAGACGUUUGGGUUCGUUUGUACACACGUUAGCGCGUCUGUUUGGCUCUGCGCGGUGCUUGUGAGAGAUACUGUAGGUGUGUGGAUAAGGAGACAGUCACCUGUUAUGGUUGUUAACGGCAGUGGCCGUUAAACUCGGCGGAGGGAACUGUUAAAGCAAAGCCAGGAUUACAGCAGACUGAGACUGAGACUGAUGCUGAUGCUGGGGUUUAAACUCGAAUAGACGUCUUACAACUCCUGAAUGAGCUGAGGAGGAGGAGAAGGAGGUGGUGGAGGAGGAGGAGGAGGAGGUGGUGAAUCUAUUUGGAUGGGAAAUUCCUCUUGACCAUUUCUGACACGCCUGACCCCACUAUUCCCUUCCUCUCCAUCUCCGCCUACCAUAACGUCCCCCACGUGAUCAUCAUGACCUCCACGGCCCAGCUGCUGGCCUUUAAGCUCGCCCCACCGUCUCAGGGUGGGAGUGGAGACAGUCUCUUUAGCUGUGACGACGAGAUCGAGCGGCGCUAUGAAGUUGUCCCCUCUGUUGUCUGCUCCAUGUGCUGCCUCUUCGGCAUUAUCUAUUGCUUCUUUGGCUACCGCUGUUUUAAGGCUGUAAUGUUCCUCACCGGCCUGAUGUUCGGUUCCAUCAUUAUCUUCAUGCUGUGCUACAAGGAGCGAGUGAUGGACACACAGCUGAGCGUGGAGGCCAGCGUGGGCAUCGGGCUGGGCAUCGGCACGCUGUGUGGCCUGGUCACCAUGCUGGUGCGCAGCGUGGGUCUCUUCAUGGUGGGCCUGCUGCUGGGCUUGCUGGUGGCACUGGCCUCGCUGGUGGUGCUGGAGGAGUUCUACCACCCACGCACGGUGUGGCUGCCGCUGGGUGUGCUGCUCGGUUCAGGCAUGCUGUUCGCCGUGCUCACGCUGCAGUGGCAGCGCUGCUUCACCACGCUUUCCACGGCCGUGUUCGGCUCAGCCAUCGUCACCGUCACUGUGGAUUAUUUCGUGGAGCUGUUUGCACUCACUCGUUACAUCUAUGAAAGGGUGAAGGUGGCACCGGCUCAGCCCGUGUGCUGGUACACGUGGGUGGUGAUGGGCGUGUGGCCUGUGCUCGCCCUGCUGGGCGUCCUCAUUCAGUGGAAGGUGACUGCAGAUGGAUACUCGCACACAGAAGUGUUCAUCAGUCAUCAGCAGAGGCGGCUGCAGCUGAUGAAGAUUCGCCAGAAAGAGGAGAGAAGGGAGAGCAGGAAAAAGAAGAAACAACAACAGAAACCUCAACAACAACAGCAGCAGCAGAAGCAGAAGUACCACCAUCCUCCCCAGUCUAACCCUCACUCCACCAACCCCCCUGCAAAAGCCCAGCAUCAAGAGCCCACGUACCGCAGGAAACCCAACCCCACACGCCGCUAUGAUGGAGACGUUCUCUCGCCGAGCUAUAUUCAGCAUUUCCGGGACAGACAUGUGGACAGACGAGGCUACUCUCACGGCAGACUGAUCAGCAGCUCUCAUACAGUAGAUAUAGACUAUGACUGCGGCUCUCAGGUCCCUCUGACCGCCCAUACAGGACCUGCAGUGAGAGUGUGAUCCUGCCCCCUUGUGUUCAGUGGCGGUGUUCCAACCAGGCCUGCCCCUGUGCAGUCCUCAAUUCAGAGUCUGAAAGGAGAAGAAGCAUUUAUACACAGGACCCACAUGCCAUGGAUCUGCUCUGUUGUGUAAUAAAUGAUGCACUGGGGAGGAAUGUUUUUGCCAACAGCCUUAUUCAUCAGGGCUCUGACUGGAAAUAGUUUCUCUCUUUCAAGAUUGAAAUUGUGUACUGCUGAGGUUGUGUGUGUGUUUGUGUGUGUGUGGUGUGUGUCUGGCCCUCCGAGGCUCUCCAGACCAUUAUUUGACUGUACGCAGUCCCUUGGCAAGCAGAAUGGGCUCAUUACUAUAACAGCCAUUUUAAAGAGGGGACAUUAUUCAGACUAAGCAUUGGACCAAAUACGGCGUGGCUCUGAUGCCUUCCCAUCCACAUAAAUCAUACACGUUUACGUACAAACAACGUGUUUAAUAGACUUUAUAACUCUUCCAUGCGGGAGAGAAAUAUGCCCAGUUAUGGGGAUGCACUGUAUUCCCGGAACGUUGUUUACAGUACAGUUGAGGCCAUAGGUACCUUCUACAACAGCAGAAAACUGUGAGCUUCAUUUGUAGGGACUAGUGGCCCCAUUCUGUGCAUUCUUACAAGGAAAGGCUCUUAAAGGGCCUUUACUGAAACCUAUACUGCCAAGCAUAUAGUCUACUAGCUGGUGUUGGUUUACCUCAGUCAGGCCAGAAAAUGUUGAGUGAAUAAGGCACCAUUGUUCAUUGUCUAAUUAAGACUGAAUUUAGCUCUCAUUAUGUCCCAUACGGCUUAGUUGAAGCGUGGUGCAGUAACUCCCAUUAGACCUUCAGGGGAUAAGGCAUUACCGGAUUACCCUAAUGAUGCAGGUAACACUGUGAACACUACGGGAGUUUUUGUACAGAUGAUUUAAAGUGUCCUUGUCUACUGUGAAGGUUUUUCAAUGAGACCGAGGUAUUGACUGAACAAGAGUGAAGAUUUAUAAUAGUGGACCAGCCACAUUAAACAGGGAUUAUAUAUGUGUUUGUGCGUGCGUGCGUGUGUUUGUGUUUCUGUGUAUGUUUGCAGGGGAGGUAAAGUGUGCAUGUGUAUGUAUGAGGGGUAUGGAAAAGGAGGUCAACGUGAUAAUUUGUCUUAUUUGAAUUUAGCAUUUGUUUACAUCCUGCCACUUCCUCAAGUGGGUGCGUAAUUCGUCUUCAGUCUGGUCUGAUCUCCAAACUGUAAAGAACUGAAACACUCAGCUUCGCUCUGUUUACCACAGCAGCAUCUGUUGCUCCUGGACAUUUUGUACAUAUAGCUGAAUGCUGAACAUAUUUGUACAUAUUAUACCACUAGUGUCAUGUUUUGUGUAUUUUUCUCUGAUUAAUACUUAAUUACAUCUGAAUGCUGAUGCAGUGUCA